AUGGCUUCUUCUGAGGAACCUGUGCACCCGCUGCGCAUCUCCAAAGGCAGCAGCAAUCCGGGAUCUCCCCCCACCGCCAAAGCAAAUACGGGCAUCCCUCGCCCUCUGUCAGAGCUUUCUCCUUCAGACCACAGGAGGAACUCGCCCAGCUGGAAGCAGCCGUCCAAGAAAAUGACUCUCAACACCGACUCGUCUCCAUUCCAGUCGUCCCCGCUGGAGACCACCACCUCGCCUAGGCUCUUCUGGCAGAAGCGCAACCUUGACUCCAUCAGCACGGAGAACGCCGGCUUGUACGGCGGCCGCCACGGCUCGCCUUCGCCAACGCGCCGCACCUCCAUCGAGCGUCUACAGAAAGCUUCGCGCGUCAAGAACAGCAACAUCCUCGCCCUUGAGCAGAAGCAGGAAUACGAUCCUACCAGACUACCUCAGGUUGAGCGCCCUCUAGCUAAGCAUCAGGGGAGCUCCUUUGACGGCACGACAACCAUCAUCAACGGCCUCCGGUCCUCCGAUUCUCUCAGCAGAGGCGUCGGCCACCAGCGCAACAACAGCAAAUCGAGUAUCCCCAUCUACAACCCCGCCGCGAGCCCCACAAAGCCCUCCACGCCAACCCAGGCUGGCCCUUCCAACCCGCCCCGCAGCCCAGGCAAGGAUCAAGCGUCCCCGAUGAAGUCGUCCCUCUCGAGAAGCCACUUCAAGAGCAGCUUCGACCACGAGACUGGCACUUGGUCGGACGACACCUCGUUCGACGACCGCGAACUUCCGUCGGGCAAGUCGCUGCAUCGACACGCCAAGAGCGUCACAUUCGAUGCUGCCCCCCCUCAGAUUAACGAGUAUGAGAUGGCUACACCCGACAUCUCCUCCAUCGGGUCCAACUCGCGCGAGGGCAGCUUCGAUUCGAUGGAUGAUGAGGACGACGAGGAAGGCCACUACCACUUCGGUGAACACGACAUCGAGGGUGACAGCUUCGACGCCUCCCUCGAAGACACGGACAAGACGCCGGUUGUCGGUCCCGACGACUGGAGGCAAUCCGCUGAGCGUGUGGAGGAGGACCCGUUUGAUGGUAGCCCGAUGCCCGACACCCUUCCGCGUCUCGGUCGCACAGAGCACAAGCGAUCCGACUCCUCCACCUCGGACCACCGCCCCCUGCCUCCUCUUCCCGGCAUGGGCUCUCCUGCCCGCAGCGACUCCCGCUCCUCGCCGGGCCUGUCUGCCACUGCCGAGAGGAUGCUGAGUGCCCAUCGCAGCCUGCCUUCGCCUCCGCCGGCGGCCGCGAGCAAGUCCGAGAUCCAGAGCAUCGGCAACGGCAAGAUGACCCUCGAAGAGAGACUCAAGCUUAUGAUGCUCUCAGACGACCACAAGUCUGCCAACGAGCAGCAACGAGAGCGCCGCCUUCGUCGGGGUGCCACGCGCGAUAGAAUCCAGAGCCCCGCCUCGGAUACCGAGACGGCCGAGUCCAGCAUGCUCUCCCUCGAUGCCGAUGAGGCCGAUGAGGCUGAUGACACCAUCGGCGACAUCUCUGCUCUCGAGAACUAUGAGCUGCCCUCUCGCAUCUCGCGCGAGUCCAUCAUGCGCCGUGUCAACGGCGGCAACAGCGACCAGGGUGGUGACUACUUCUCGUCGCCAGCGCCCAGUUCAAGCCCCGAGCGGCCCGGCCCUGAGCAUCGUCUCGAUCUGCCACUAGAUCCCGAUGUCCCCAUCCCAUCGACGGAGGAUGACUCGAUUCUUGAUGACAUAUCUGAGCUGAGCGACGAGGGCAGUGUCAUCAUUCACCGUGAUGAGCCCUCGGAUGCCGAGACCGAGUCCAUCACACACUUCUACGCCCGGUCCGACAUUGAUGAUAACGACACGGAUUCUGCCAGCCACUACUCAGACGGCCCAGCUCGUGUUCCCGAGGUCACUCAGGUUGAGGAUGAUAUCCUGACUCCUCGUGCCGCAAAGUCAUUCGGCAUGGCUUCCGAGGUCAGACCUCUCGAGCUCAAGUCUGACAGGGCCGGCAACGUGUCCGACCAGCAGGUCGACGUCGUUGCCGAGGCUUCAGCCAAGGAGCCGACGCCCGAGGACGAGAUGACGCAGGUUUUCGAGCCUGAGGUCGAGACCCAGCCUGAGGCUGAGGCCCAACUUGAGGCAGAGAAGGAGCCAUCACCAGAAGCCCAAGCUGCCGCGCCCGUCGAUGCUCCAGCAGAGCGCGAGCACAGCCUUCCAGAGAUGAAGGAUGAGAGCAGGGACAACGAGUUCUCUAGGGGUCUGCAGUCGUUCAUGCUGGCGCCGCCCCCAGAGCCCUCGGCCAAGGAGCUCGAAGACCUCCAGCCGCCGCCCAAGAUGACGGACCUCCAGGCUCAGACGCAGCGGCCCUCGACCCCCAAGCAGUUCCAGCUUUCCAAGCCCGACUAUGACGGCUCUGGAUGGGGUGACCCGGAGGAUGAAUAUGAGGAGGAGCCCGGUACGCCCGAGUCCGUCAUUCAUCGUCCCAUGUCCUCCGACGAGGAAGAGGAGGAGUCGGAGAUCUUUGAUGAGCCUCCUAUGGAAUCCCCUGCCAUCCCCGAGCGACAGGCAACCAUCAAGGCCUCGGGCUCGAAGCUGAAGACCAGACCAUCCAACACGCCUUCUGACAUCAUUGCCAUGAGGGAAGCACGGCGCCAAGUUAGUCGCGAGGUGCCCGACAUCCCAGUCAUUCCGGAACGCCACCGCAACAGGCUGUCGAGGGACCUGCAGGAAGAGCCCGGUAUUGAUGAGGACUUCGUGAUGAAACGCCACUCGAGCUUUGCCAAACGCAGUCUGACAUUGGAUCUCGACUUUGGCCUGAGUCUAGAUCAGGAUUUCGACCGGGUUAUCGAGGCACAAAAGGUUGCUAUUUCUCAUCAAGUCCAUAAUUCGUCUCAUUUCGCGAGUGGAGGCCCCAGCAGACAAGCGUCCAGGCCGGCCGCAACCACGAGCAAACUCGGUUCAGUAGAAGAAAAGUUACAGAAUGCUAACAAGAAGAACCAGCGCGGCUACCUCAUGCGACAAAACACAAAGGUCGUGACGGCCAGCGACAAGGAAUCUUCCGACAUGUGGAAGAGCCGAUCAGCCGGCAACUCCCCAGUCAAGACGGAUCGCCCCCAGUCGUGGACCGUCGAGCCCUGGAAUGGCAGGCCCAGACAGAAGAGCGUCAGGCGCCGUCCCCAGACCAGCGGGCCGGUUCCGCCCAUGCCUGGUCAGGAGAGCAACGCGCAAGCUCUCAAUCCCUUGACCGAGGAGGACCUGAACCCCGAGCUGGCCACCGAGGAGAGCGGCGAGCGCGGCCGUCUCUUCGUCAAGGUUCUCGGUGUCAAGGAUCUCGAUCUUCCCAUUCCCAGAACGGAACGCACCUGGUUCAGCCUUACUCUUGACAACGGUGUACACUGUGUUACGACCGCCUGGCUCGAGCUUGCGCGCAACGCCCCCGUGGGCCAGGAAUUCGAGCUUGUUGUGCCGAACGAGCUGGAAUUCCAGCUUACCCUCAACGUCAAGCUGGAGAAACCGCCGCCAAAGAAGGUCACCGUGCAGUCUCCUACCAAGGCUAUCAAGCCCAAGACGUCCACCUUUAGCAGGGUGUUUGCGUCGCCCAAGAAGCGCAAGGAGAUGGAGAUGCGCCAGCGUGAAGAGGAGGAGCGCCUGGCGGCGGAGCAGCAGAAGGCGGCCCAGGCCAGACAGGUAAAGGUUGCGCCCACCGCCUGGGAUCUGUUGUCCCCGCUCGCUGCCGAGGACGGCAGCUUCGCUCGUUCCUACGUGUGCCUCAAGGAGCACGAAUCUCGUUGCUACGGCCGCCCGUACGUUGUGGACGUGGCCUGCUUCAACGAGUGGGCAACUGAGGAGGCUGCGUUCGCCUCCAGCGUCAAGAGCAAGCGCGGCAACACCGCUGUUGUACGCCGUGCUCCGUACAAGAUCGGCAAGUUGGAGCUCCAGUUGCUGUUCGUGCCCCGUCCCAAGGGAUCCACCGAGGAGGACAUGCCCAAGAGCAUGAAUUCUUGCAUCCGGGAACUCAAGGCUGCCGAGGAGCGCCUUGCGAAGAACUGGGAGGGUCACCUGAGCCAGCAGGGCGGCGAUUGCCCGUACUGGCGUCGUCGUUACUUCAAACUUGUCGGCCACAAGCUCACUGCCUACCACGAGGCCACCCGUCAACCCCGUGCCACCAUCAACCUGGCCAAUGCCAAGCGUCUCAUCGACGACCGGCGCGCACUCACGGAGAAGGAGACUACGGGCAAGGGCGGCAGGCGUCGGAGGUCGGCCUUUGCCGAGGAGGAAGAAGGCUACAUGUUCGUCGAGGAGGGCUUCCGCAUCCGCUUCAACAACGGCGAGACCAUCGACUUCUACGCCGAUACUGCCGAAGACAAGGCCGGCUGGCUGGCGGCCCUGACGGACCUCGUCGGUCGUGGCGACAGCGACGACGAGGUCGGUGGGCCUCGCAAGCAGGGCAAGUGGUGCGAGCUCGUCCUCAAGAGGGAGGAGGCGCUGCGACGUCGGGCAGAGGGCCGGCGGGUGCACUCGCGGACGAAGAGUACUUUCAACUAA